UCGAACUAACUAUGGGAAGCAGCGGCAGCUAUUAGUAGGUGUGGGCUGUCAAUCAAACCGACCCGCCCCAACGCCUCUCAGACGGGAAGCGCUCUGUUCACAACUUCUACAGCAGCUGUGGAGUGGGACCUUUGUGGCAUGACGCAGUACCAACGAGCAACAGACGGCCAAAAUGUGAAGGAAAAACAGCCAUACUCCACUUUAUGAAAGUAGGUGUGCAGUGAAGAAGUCGAGCAGUCUUAAAACGAAUGCGUAAAGUUGUUGCUACGCAGUAGGGACGCGCAAUAAUCUGUGCGUAAAAGUUAGUCAAAAGAGGACAAAGGUAAAACUUGUGCGGUGGUGGAGACGUUCUCUCGGCUGCGAUGGAUGCGUCAGUGAGCCUUUGGGCUGACACUGUGAUGAACAAUCAUUUCGACCUUUACAGUUGAUUUCCAGAGUUUGGCGAUAGCGCCGGAGCGGAGCGCGCAUCGUGGCAGCAGAUGCUGGACAGUGACUAAGCCUGUGGCUGGAAAGCUCAUGAAUUGAAACUGUCUGGACUACAAACUUUGUCUAAGUUAGAAGUAGGACAAGCGCAACACCGCCCGACUAGUUAAUUCUGUCAUGCGUAAAGACGCUUUGUCGUCCAGCAUCUUGUUGUUAUGAUAGACAUCAGCUCCAGCUCUGAACGGUCAGUUCUUCAAAAGGUUGCAGCUGCCUGAUGCCACUACUCCAGCAGGAGUCAGGGGAACGUGUUGUCGUUUACAUCCUUCUGUCUACCUCUUCUCAACAUGGACGAGAGUGUUGAGUCUGCAGCGUCCGACAGCUGCUCGGACGGGGAGAGCAUCAACCUCAGCGUGCUCAACUGGGAGCAAGUGCAGCGGCUGGACACCAUCCUAACCGGCUCCAUACCCAUCCAUGGCCGGUGGAGUUUCCCCACUCUGGAGGUGAAGCCACGGGAUAUCGUCAAGGUGGUCCGGAGCCGCAUGGAGGAGAAGCGGAUACAUGUCCGGGAGGUGCGACUGAACGGCUCCGCGGCCAGCUACGUCCUGCACGAGGACAGUGGUCUGGGAUGGAAAGACCUGGACUUAAUAUUCUGCGCGGAGCUGAAAGGAGAGAUGGAGUUUCAGAUAGUUAAAGAUAUAGUGCUGGACUCUCUUCUAGACUUCUUGCCCGAGGGAGUGAAUAAGGAAAAGAUCACGCCAAUGACCUUAAAGGAAGCCUAUGUGCAAAAGAUGGUGAAAGUGUGCAAUGACUCAGACCGCUGGAGUCUCAUCUCCCUCUCCAACAACCGUGGCAAGAACGUGGAGCUCAAGUUUGUGGACUCUCUUCGACGGCAGUUUGAGUUCAGCGUGGACUCCUUCCAGAUCCGCCUGGACUCACUUCUCCUCUUCUACGAGUGCUCGGAGCACCCCAUGGCUGCCACUUUCCAUCCCACCAUCCUUGGGGAGAGCGUCUACGGCGACUUCCCCACCGCCCUCGAUCACCUGCGCAAGCGCCUCAUCUGCACCAGGAGACCCGAGGAGAUUCGAGGUGGGGGUCUGCUGAAGUACUGCCACCUGCUGGUGCGGGGUUUCCGCGCAGCCUCUGACACAGAGAUGAAACUGCUGCAGCGCUACAUGUGCUCACGCUUCUUCAUAGACUUUCCUGAUGUGAGCGAGCAGAGGAGAAAGCUGGAGUCCUAUCUGCAGAACCACUUUGUAGACCUGGAGGACAGGAAGUAUGACUAUCUGGCCACGCUGUACGAGGUGGUGCAGGAAAGCACGGUGUGCCUGAUGAGCCAUGAGAGGCGUCAGACACUCAGCCUCAUCUCUUCUCUGGCGUUGCGGGUCCUGGCCGAGCAGAACGCAAUCCCCAACGCCGCCAACGUCACCUGCUUCUAUCAGCCAGCUCCUUAUGUCUCAGACGGCAACUUCAGCAACUAUUACGUAGCGCAGGUUCAGCCCAUCUACCCCUGUCAUCCCUCGCCUCCCCAGCAGUACAUUCCUUCUCAUCACCAUCCCAUGUACGCCACCUGGUUGCCCUGUAACUAAACUUUGUGUACGUUCAUGCACUUUUGUGUAUCCGGCGGAACCUUCUUGAAAGAGAUGAUCUUUUUUAUCUCUUCCUUGAGAAGGGAAUUGAGGGAAAUGAGAGAAGGAAGAACAUGAGACAAAAUUAGAUAAAAGGAGAGAAUAAAAGGGAAAUGGAACCUGGAUCAAGGCAGUGGGCCAGAGAAAGGCCUUUCCCUGGGGUAGGGUGCCACAGCAGGAGCAGCUGAGCACACAGGGAGAGAUGCCAAUGAGAGAGGCUGACCCAUCAGUUUUAAGGUUCUCUUCUCAUCAGCACUAAGAUUGAUUUGGCAGACCCUCAGAGUGACCAACAGCCUGGAUACAAGGAUUUUUUUCUUGUCCGUUUGUGAGUUACGGAACUUACUUUUGAAAUGAUGAACAUGUAUAAUAUUCACAUCCUCUUCACAUUAAAAAACAAACUCACAUGCAGCCACAGAGAGUAACGGAGGACACACUUGACGUGCUGAUAUGCAUUCAUGGUCAAACAACGGAGACCUUGUGACUAUGUCCAUUUGCACUGUGUUUGUAUGGGACUCAUUUUCACAAGCAAUGCAAAAUGAGGAACUGGAUACUGUUUACAAAUCCAAAGAUCUAGUUUGAUACUGAACUUUAUCUGAAUUCUUAGACAAAACAACAAAACAAUGCAUGCUUUAUUUCUGUACAGGAAUAAUUGUCUUUAAGUGCCUAGAUAAAGCCUAAAGGGAAGAGAUAUUUUUGUGACUCUUUAUCUUAGA